UUUUUUUCGUUUUUUUAUAAUUAGCAAGUUAUCAAUUUAUUAAUCAUUUUUUUGCGGCCGAUCGAUGAGUCUUCGGUCUCCGACCGAUAUUCUCGUUUGUAUAAUUGGUCAUCGGCACGUACGGUAGACGCAUAACGACGCUUCACUUUAGUUUUUAGUUACAUGAACACAUUUGCGCGCGGUCUAAUGGCCGUGUGCGUGAAAACCUACAGUGAUGAUAGCAAAAAAGUAUCAAAAAAUAUGACCAUCAUUGUACGUUUGGAAGAUUUGUAUGACACCGAAGACCAUAGCUUUUCAUCGAAGAUAUGAAAUUUUCCCAGCGUAUUAUGUCAAUCACAAAUAUGUUAACAUUGGUUAUUCUAUUCUAUUACAAUGGUGCAAAAUGCCUACAUUUAAUAUUCAUAUUUAGAUAUUCUGCAUUACGGAAACUUAAUUAGAAAUGAAAGAAACCAUCAAAGACGUAUUUCCCUGCCUCAUCUGUGAUGAAAACUUUUCAUCAGGGGACCAUGCUUGGAAAAGCAUAUGUUUUUGCACAUUCAUGAUAAAAAUGAUGAGGCUCGAGAUUUGAGCGAAUAUGCAGCUAAGAGCAACGUGGGAACAAUUCAUCCUACCGACUAUUAUGAGCAUUGUGGGAAUGAAAUAACAAAUAAAUAUAUUCAACAAACUUGCGGCGAAGAGAAAUCUAAAGUUCAUCCACGCUGUAUCCAAACUGAUUCAAUUGAUAAGACUGACAAACCACGUAAUUGUCAUGAAAUAAAAGUAACCUCUCUUCUGGACGGAAAGUUGCAAAAUCAGUCACUUGUUCACACCAACACAAAAGCUCGGUCAAAUGUAGAAACCCAUUGUGAGUAUGAACCUCAUCUUUGUAGACGAGGUGGAAAGGAUUUAUUCAACUUAUGUGUGCAUAAACAAACUUAUACUGAAAAGAAACCCUAUAUUUGUAAAGAUUGUGGGGAGGCUUUUUUGUAUUCAUCUACUUUACAAACGCAUGUGCGAAUUCAUACUGGAGAGAGGCCUUAUAUUUGUAAAGAAUGUGGUAGGGAAAUUAUCACUGUAUCUAAUUUACAUAGGCAUGAGCAAACUCAUAAUGGAGAGAAGCCUUAUAUUUGUAAAAUAUGUGGUGAAGCAUUUUCGCAAUCAUCCACUUUAAAUGUUCAUGAGCGAAUUCAUACUGGGAAAAAGCCUUGUGUUUUUGUGAACAUGUGGAAAAGAUUCUCAAAUAUAUCUGAUUUACAUAGGCGCGAGCGAACUCACACUGGAAAGAGCCUUAUGUUUUGUAAACAAUGCGGCAAGAACUUUUCGCAAUCAACUGGUUUGCACGUGCAUUGA